AUCAUUCAAUGAGUAUUAUGGGCUGUCCGUGAUUAUACUGGCCGAGGUUGUGGCGGAGAAAAAAAAAAAAACCCGUGGGACAGAAGUAAACAUGGAGCUCUCCGCCGUCGGGGAGAGGGUUUUCGCGGCUGAAUCCAUCAUCAAGCGACGCAUAAGAAGAGGGCGGAUGGAGUAUCUGGUGAAAUGGAAAGGCUGGUCUCAGAAAUACAGCACCUGGGAGCCUGAGGAAAAUAUUCUGGAUGAACGUCUGUUCGCUGCUUUCGAUGAGAGAGAGCGCGAGAGGGAAUUAUAUGGUCCGAAAAAAAGAGGACCGAAACCAGAAACUUUCUUAUUGAAGGCAAAAGCCAAAGCCAAAAGUGAUGAAUUCCGAAGGGAAAUGUCCCGAGAGAUUCGAGUUUCGUUCCCCGUCGCAGAACCAGUUGUCACACCACGAGCUCGAGAAGGGCUAAGAACAGUUGUGCCUACUAUCUUCCCUCCAAGCACUGUCAACAGGGGAGAAAGUGUUCGUGUUCGAUCACCAGAGCCAGAGAGAAGACCUCGACCUCCCUUAUCUCCAACACACAGCCUUUUGGACCCAGUAAAUACACCAAAAAAGAGAGGACCAAAACCAAAGUUGCGUUUCCCUGUUAGCACCCCUAGCAGCAGUUAUUCACCCACUGAAUCUCUGAAGAGGAGAGCAGAUGAACAUUUAUCUUUUAGUCCAGCUAAAAUGUCCAGGCCUGCUCAUCAUUCAGGAGAAUCAUCCAACUGCAGUCUUAUCCAGUUAACUCAGAGGUUUCAGGCAGAAAGUGGUAAGUCUCCAAAACAGCUUGGUUGUGGAUCGAGUGGCAGUGUUGCUGUUGGAGGCACUCUGCGAAAAACAGCUCAUGAUAUGUUGCGACAUGGCACAAAGCAUUUCUCAAGUGGCCCGUCAGUUGCACACACCAAGAGGAAACAUCUUUCCAAAAAUAGUUUAUUUCAGCCUGCUGACCUGCCCAUUGAUCGCUUGUCUCCGAAAUAUCCCGUGCCACAGAAUCCUGGAGAUGAAGAUGAGGAAUCCUGGUCUCCUUGCCUAAAGAACAUGGAGAAAAUUACUGUGACAGAUAUAACCAGCAACUCGUUGACUGUAACGAUUAAGGAGAGCUCAACAGACCAAGGCUUCUUCAAAGAACAGAGAUGACUUAUGUAUUUCUUGGUCAGCUGAUGUAAAUAACUAUGAAAUAUUAUCUAUCCAUUAACAGUC